UUUUCCUAGAAACCCUAGUAAAUUUCUAUAAAAUUUUGCAGAGAUCAUCCUCACCAAUUAUCUCAUACAUGAAUAUUAAAAAAUUCCACAGCAAUCCCCACUAAAUAUUUACCUCGCAUUGACCCUAUCAUGCGAUACCCAAACGACUGAAAUAAAGGGUUACGAGUUGUCUAUUUCUCCUAUCGCACUCUCCACAUCUUCAGUAAACGCUCUAGUGUACAAGUUUAAAACCGCAAAAGCGAACUGAGGCAGUGGCUUCAGUCUGAGGACACCCUCUCCAGGAGUGUCGCUCCUAUUGAAUAACCGAGCUGACAGUGGAGGGGUUGGAAUGAAAAGUGAAUCGGAAAACUCGACUGAUUUACGAUCUAGAAAUGAUAGUGAUGCAUCCAAUGGGACUGUGGAAAAAUCCAGCUCGGUGGACAGCAGCAGGUGGAAGGAUACAGUGGUCACGAAAGCCUCCGGCCUGUUGAUAAGGCAAAAGGACACCUGUCACUCCAAUGGUCAACUAUCAACAUCGACCCCCAUUGGCAUCGUUACGAAAGCUCUGGAGAAGACAACUUCGCGGAUAAUUGUCGAUCACCUUCACAUCACCAACAUUGGUAACAUAAUUCAGAAGGACUCGAACGAGAUAAAAAUCAUCGGUUCCGCAAUGACUACGGAAACAUAUCUAAGACGUGCUCGUGCUUUUCGUAAUGAGCUUAAUCAGGUAAACGACGAGAGAAGGAACGGCCAUCGGCUUUUAGACAGAAAAGAAUCCACGGAAACAUUCCAACCGUUCUCUAUUAACUCCGUACAUUUGCAAAAUCCGUACAAAAGUACCCAGAAAUUUGAGGGCUGGAGAAGUGUUCAAAAUGAAGCUGUUAAACUUCGCCCAGGUUUCCUCCAAAAGUGCAAUUUAAAUUAUUUCCAGACACUGGAUGGUAUGUCAGUUAAGAGAAGUACAGAAUCACGAGUACGGAAGGAUUAUGAGAAAGGGGAGUAUUUUACGAAGAGUCAUCACUUGCAGGCCUGUUGGAAAAACUUUCGACAUUUGGAAUUUACGGAACAGUAUUGUGCUAAUAGCAGUCUUCAUGGGUUGAAAUACGUUGGAGACAAGGGCCUUCAUAUCGUGGAAAGGCUCUUCUGGAUCCUCGCAUUCGUGUGUGCUGUUCUCACAGCUGCCUACUUCAUCUGGCACCUCUACCAGAAGUGGCAGAACUCCCCCAUUAUAAUUUCCAUAAGUCCCGAACCUGUUGCACUGACAGAGUUUCCAUUUCCAUCAGUCACUGUUUGCAAUAUGAAUAACGCUAAUCGAGAGGAAGCUAAUCGCAUCAACAGAGGGAAUGACACUGUCGAGAAGCUUCUGCUUGAGGACAUCUGUAAUUUCCAAAAUACUUCUAUGGACAAUGACGUCGUUGGCUCCGCUGAUUGGAGCAAUGUUCUCCGUUUCAUGCUCAACGUAUCUCAACCCUGCGAAGAACUGCUGCGCUAUUGCUUCUGGCACCAAAACGUAACCGAAUGCGACAGAAUUUUCAAUCCAAUUCUCACCGAUGAGGGUUUGUGUUGCAAUUUCAACGCCGUCCACAGAAAAUAUUUAUUCUACAAUCCACUGGAGUGGAACGACUUGAACAUAAAAUACGACUUUGAAACGAUUGAUUGGAAGCCGGAGAGUGGCUACAAUACAUCAGUAGCACCUGACACACAGCCUUGGCGACCCUACGGUGCUGGGAGAUAUCUAGGAUUAACAAUAGUUCUAGAUGCCAAGUUAAAGCAGUACUACUGCUCAUCAACAGCCAGCGUUGGCUUUAAACUCCUUCUCCACAGCCCCAUAGAAACUCCGAAAAUCGCGGACUUCAGUCUUGCGAUAAGUCCCGGUGUCGAAACCAACGUGAUAAUAACACCAAGGAUAUCAUCGGCCAGCUGGUCGAUUCUCUCGUUACCGAGGAAGAAGAGGAAGUGCUAUUUCACUACUGAACGAAAGCUCAAGUACUAUCGAACCUACACUGAGAGAAAUUGUCUUCUGGAGUGCGAGGCCAAUUUCACCCAGAGUCAAUGCCAUUGUGUCCAGUAUUACAUGCCAAAAUCAGCGAAUACUCCUAUUUGUGGUAAAAAGGAUGACAAAUGUGCGAGGGAUGCUAGAUUGCUCAUGGAAAAUAAUCUUUAUGACGAUGAAGAAGCUUUAGAUCGACUCAAUCGAUCAGAAUCACCCAGUUGUAACUGCUGGCCAGCGUGUUUCGAGACUAACUACGAGACCCAAAUAUCGCAGAGUAAAUUAUCUAACGCGUUUGUCAUCGAUGAAUUGUACCUCAAUAACACGGAUCAAAAAUACUUCACGGAAAACAUGGCUGUGGUCCACCUCUACUUCGUCGAAUCUCAAUUUCCGAAUUUAGUUAAGAGCGAGCUGUUCGGAUUUAUCGAAUUCUUAUCAAAUAUAGGAGGACUUCUGGGUCUCUUCAUGGGUUUUAGUUUUCUCUCAGUCGUGGAAAUAAUCUACUUCAUGACUUUACGACUCUGGUGUCGGAUAACCAAGGGUCCAGCGAAAAAACCCCAAAAUGGUACAUCGCUGAUAAAAAUUCACACCGAACCAAAAAUUGUAUAUCCCUUCUCGCAAUAAUAUAUCACUACCUCGGGCAUUAUCUCCAAUGCUUAACAUGAAUUUUACCACGAUGUAAGUAAUCAAAAUAAACAAAUGUGAUGCAAACACUCGGA